AAAAUGCAGGUUCGCUUUACCAGACUGCAGCAUCAGGCAAUGCCACCGGCACGCGUCCUGUGCCGUAUUCGGUGCUAAUCGGCCUGGAAUCCGUCUGUUUUACGAACUCACCUUGGUGAGAACAGACUCAUAAAACCAAGAUAAUAAAUCACUUAGUAAGUGCCUGCUCGUUCAAAUAACACCGCCCCGCUAAACGCCCAGUUCAGCGCAAUGAUUUCUAUCUAUCCUGCAGUCUUGUACGAUACAUUUAUUUAUAUGUAUUUAUUUAUAACCUUUGUUUACUGGUCUUGCGUAGCGUGGUGUCAAAAGAAAAACGAAAUGUGUUCAAGUUAGACCAAAAAGCAGGCUGCCCUGGAUCGCUCGUGUCUAUGCGCUCACAGUUCUGCGUGGUUAAUGCAACUGCAAAAUUAACAAAAUCCAGUCGCCGGGGGGUGGACGGCUCCAUCCUUGGAAAUGGAAAUCGCUAUGAGAAGGUGUGGUUUAGCGUGGAGUUCAUUGAAGAGACCCGCCCGUUUGUAGGGCGUGUUAGUGAAUGGCUCCACGGAUGGUAUACAUGCGAGUCUCCUGACACGGGGCUCAGCUGCAGCCGCUCGCAUAUCAGGCGUGUACUGUUACAGCCAGAGUGCAGUGAAAACAUCUGCACCCGCUCGGGACAGUAUUAUUAAUAACAACACACUCCUCGCAAUGCAGCACAGCCUAAGCAUCGCUCUGACCUCCGCAGCACUUACCGUCCUCGUCUUCCUUCUCGCCGCCAAGGUUUCCAUGGAUAACGGAUAUGUGCGUUUACGUGAGAGGGAUUUUAACAAUGGAAAAUUCAACUCCGUCGGGGUCUCGCAGCGUAAUGCCUUACUGAGUGAAAUCAAGGAGAGGCACAGGGGACUCCUGCGGUACUAUACUGGCUCCGCCUGGGGCUUUUCAUUGACAUACCGAAAGGGACCGGCGGGUCGCGGCUUGGGGCUGGAAGACGAUACCUUUUCAAGGACCCUUGAGAAGAUAGACAAAGUGCAUGUGAAAGUCCUCAGCACAGGAGCCGUCAGCGCUGCUGCUGCUGCUGCCGGAUGCGAGGAGCUGCGCUCCAUGAGUCACUUUGAGUUCCUCGGAUCGGGCUACACAAAGCUUGUAUUAAAAGGGGUUUUACCAAACGGCACGGCUGUGGCGCUGAAAUCCGUGAACCCACAAGGGGUUGACAUGAAGCGCUGCGUGGAGGGGUUUGGAGACGUGGAGGGCUGCUACAGACUGGUGUCCUACAAACUCAUCAAAGAGAUUGUGCUGUUGCAAAGACUGCAGCACCCUAAUGUCGUCAAGCUCCAAGGCCAUUGCUAUACGAGUGACCCGGGGGUGAGGGUCAGCGCAGUGCUGGAGUUGGGCUCCCCACUGGAGAUGAUUCAGCUCCUGCAGACCCCCUGGGAAGAGCGCUUUCGGGUCUGCAUGAGUCUGGUUAAGCUGCUCCACUACCUGGCCAGCUCUCCCCUUGGCUCGGUGUGUCUCCUGGAUUUCCAGCCUCGUCAGUUUGUCGUGGUGGACGGGGAGCUGAAGCUGAGCGAUAUCGACGAUGCCGUGGCGGGGGAGCUGUCCUGCAGGGAGGACCGCGACUGCACGCUCCAGUUUCCCACCAGGAACUUCAGCUCCCCCUGCUCCGCGGACGGACAGUGCAGAGGGCUGAACGAGAAGAGGAACCUUUAUAAUGCGUUCAGAUAUUUCUUCACAUAUCUGCUGCCACACCGUGCACCCCCCACGCUGCAGCCCCUUCUGGAUGGGAUUAUGAAUUCCACAGGGGACCUGAGCAGCGGGAUAAACAAGACGCUGGAAGCAUUUCAAGAGAUUUUGCAUUUGUACAAGUCUGGGCAAUAUUUGCAAAACGUGUCAUCUUCCUUAUUAAAAGAUUACGUAUUAUUAAAGGGAUUUAGAACGAAGGAAAGCAACGACUACAAAUGCUGGCCGUCCUACAAGCAGCAGAGCUGUUUGCUGUCUGUUCACGACAUGAAGGAGGCUGCAGGAAUCUGUAACUCUCACUCCCAGUGCCAGGGCUUCACUGUGGAUCAGCACAGAACCUGGACAGGGCGGAGCCUCGCGUCAUUCAGAAGUGGUUUCAGUGAUCUGAUCCCAGAUGUUAACUCUGCUAUCUAUGUGAAGAAGGAUGCUGGCUUCAGGGCAACGGCAUGAAGAAGAAACAAGAUCACAAGGGGAAGGGAUAACAAACGGAAAGGAAUGUUUGAAAGAAAUGAAUAUGAUAUAUUUCUAUGAUGUGUGUUUGUGUUGAAUAUGAUAUAUUUCUAUGAUGUGUGUUUUUGUUUUUGUUUUUGCACUGGGGUUGUUUGAUCUGUGUGUGUCAGCCUACAAUAUCUUUGUUCAGAUUUGUUUUGCUGUUUUAUUUUUGUGGUGUUGUGAUACAUUCCGUUCUUCAAG